UUUUUACUGUGGAUUUUGCAAUUUGAUAAAGAUAAAAAAUUGGCAAAUAGACACGGAACGGCUAUUUAAAAAUUUUAGAUAGCUUAGGUACAGAAUAAAUAAAUAUAAAUGAGUAUGGCAUCGCAUGAUGCCGGCAUUCCUGAGCAAUUCCAGCAAUUUCCGCCUAACAGAAUCAUUGUUAUCCACCCUGGUUCGCUCUACGUACGUAUCGGACGAGCCUCAGAUCUCGUGCCAGUGAAACAGCUACACUGCAUUGCAAGAAAACGUAGACACGGCGGCAAAAUUUACCGCGACUCUUUCAUACCACCGAGCGUUCCGAAAACCAAAGAAUUGAUUGAGGAAUUAGAAGAAUGUAGGCUUCAAAUAUCUCAUACUCUUCAGUCAUGUGUGCAGUCUAACGGCGCAAGAAGGUACGCAACUCCCCCGCAGCAAAUCGCGGCCUUUAACCGUCGUUCGUUACCGGAGUACGUCUCUGACGGGGAACCGUGGCCUCAAGUCGAAUGUGAUGUUAUUGUAGGUGAUCUAGUCCUUGAUGUGGACCCAGAAUUACCAUACAACAUACAUUUUCCAUACCGUAGAGGAGAUUUUAACCUUCAUUCUGAAAUAGGAGGAUCUAUUUCAUCAGUUCUGAAUGAUCUAUAUACAAUAUGGAGUUCCAUAAUUGAGUUUAAGUUAGGGAUACCCCUGAUAGAACUUGUGAAAUAUAGAUGCGUUCUUCUGAUACCAGAUCUGUACUGCAGGAGUCAUUUAAAGUAUCUAAUGUCUUUAUUGUUGAAGGACUUGGGCUUUGGCCAUUGUUUCUUAGUCCAGGAAAGUGUUGGAGCUACAUUCGGAGCAGGCAUUGGUUCGGCCUGUGUGGUGGACAUUGGCGAUCAAAAAACAGCAAUAUCAUGUGUUGAAGAUGGCAUCUCUCAUAAACCAACUAGAUUGAGAAUGGACUAUGGAGCUGGGGAUGUCUGUCAGUCUCUAUCAUGGAUGUUUCAUAAGAGUGCAUUUCCGUACAAGGACUGGACAGAGAAUAUACCACGAGAUGUGGUUUUAAUGCGAAAUCUAUAUGAAAACUUUUGCCAUAUCAAUUUGGAUGUUUGUGGUCCACAAGAGAAGUCAUUCUUGGUCGAUCACCCAGGAGAUGUAAUCAAUAAAUAUACACUCCAAGUUGGUGAUGAAUGCAUAAUAUCACCAUUAUCAAUGUUUUAUACUGACUUACUGAAAAUAACAGGUGCUAAAACUACUAAAAUACCAAACAGACAGCCAAGUGAUCCUGAAGAUCCAUUUGAUGCAGAGUUUUUGAGGGAAACUGGUAGGAAGAAAGAAGCUAUUGAUAUAAGCACCAAUGAGAAUCAAUUUGAAACUCUCAAUGAAAUACAACAAGUGAGUAACCAGGAUGAAGACAUAGUCGUAGAUACAUUAGAAGGGGGACCAGGAGACAUUUCUUUAUUAGCCCCAGGGCAAGUUAUGGCCCUAGAUGCUGCAAUACUACAAAGCAUAGAUCGAUGUCCCAGUGAUGACCUGAAACGGAAGAUGUACAGCAACAUUCUAAUUGUCGGAGGUGGGGUUAAAGUUCAUGGUAUAUCAUUAUGGCUACAAAAUCGUAUGGCACUGCAGAUCCCCUAUACUUAUAAGACUGAGCAGCUGGAAAUAGUGACAUCACCUAAAGAAAUUGAUCCUGCCAGUACUGUGUGGAAGGGGGCUGCAGUCAUGUCUUGCUUGGAGUCAGCUAUAGAACUGUGGAUUAAUCAAAGUGAAUGGAACAAAUACGGUUUACGAAUUUUAAGAGAAAGGGCUCCAUUUAUAUGGUGAUUUAAAACUGUAUUGAUAUUAAAAACCUGAUAUUGACCUAGAACUUUGAAUAUGUUUUAAAGAUAUAUUUAUAUUCACUAUUAUGAAAAAUAAUUGAUACUAUCAGACAGUAUUGAAUUGAAAGUGCAGUAGCAUACUAAGUGUGUUUUAUUUAUUUAUUGUGUAACUGUGUAGGAUUUUAACUCUCAAACCAAAUUAAGUGGUGUCAGUUAGCCAGUUAUCACUACAUAGACCUCGGUUGUAUUAUAACACAGUUGUCCCACGCUUUUGCAGGACUGCUUCAUGGCAGAAAUGGCAGGAUAGCGACAAAUAUAGUUGAAAAUUAACCCUACCU